UGAAUGAACGCACAUAAAAGCUUUGUCAUUCUGACGUGAGGUCUUAUAUGUCCAAGAUGUCGUAUAAAACAUCGUUCGGGGUUGUUGUCAUAGUAAGUGCAAUUGUUGUGGCAUUUAUUCUCAAUAACGUUCUUAAUCAGCCCUUAGAAGUACCACAGAUAGAGGAUGUGUAUUGGGGGGAGGGGGAGAGACCGACCAAAGAGGACACAACCGUACGAAAGUUCGUCCUCAACGUGUCAGACGACGUCCUUGGCGACCUCAAACAUCGUUUAGAAAGGACACGCUUUCCGGACAGCUUUCACGGCGUUCAGUGGGAGUAUGGCUUCGGACUGGACUACAUGAAGGAACUGGUCAAGUACUGGAGGGACGACUUCGACUGGCGCAAACAAGAAGCUCUAGUGAACAGUUUCGAUCACUACAAAACGACGAUAGAUGGAUUGGAGUUGCAUUUUCUCCACGUGAAGCCGAAGCUAAAGCCGGGCCAGAAUGCAAAGCCUCUUCUAUUGGCUCAUGGUUGGCCAGGGUCUUUCUUCGAAUUCUACAAGGUCUUUCCGAUACUAACGGACCCCUUGGCACAUGGAGGCACCGAGGAGGACUUUUUUGAGGUUAUCGUCCCAUCCAUCCCUGGGUUUGGAUUUUCUCAACCAGCCAACAAGCCGGGAUUGGAAGACUCCGCCACCGCUGUGCUCUACCUUAAGCUGAUGGAAAGACUGGGGUUCGAUGGUUACUAUGUGCAGGGUGGGGACCACGGUAGUGUCAUCGUCUCUGUCAUGGCCAUGCUCAAUCCAAAGGUAGUUCGCGGGCUUCAUCUCAACAUGUACACCGGAAAUACGGAGACGAGCUUCCUCAUCAAACUGCUUGUCGGUAGUGUCUUCCCUUCCCUGGCUGGACUGUCUCAAGCCGACUACAACAAGGUGUAUCCGCUGUGGGACCGUUUCCUGUGGAUCCUGUCAGAGACCGGCUACCUCCACAUUCAGGCCACCCGACCACACACCAUAGGACACGGUAUAGUUGACUCCCCUGUAGGAAUGGCCGCUCUCCUUCUAGAGAAGUAUUCCUCCUGGACUAACCCGACAUUCGCACACUUACCAGACGGAGGGUUGGAGAAACACUUCACCAAAGACGAGCUCCUGACGAAUGUGAUGAUAUACUGGGUAUCCGAGACCGUGGUCUCCACUCUUCGGCUCUACAGGGAGACCAUCAGCGACAGGAAGUUCCCCAUCAUUUCCGCUGCCCACUCCAUCCCUAUUGACAUUCCGUCCGCCAUUGCUGAUUUCCCACACGAGUUGUUCCACACGCCCGAGCCCUGGUGCCACUCGCGGCUGCGCAACCUGCUGCAGUACACCACCAUGCCGCGAGGGGGACACUUUGCCGCGCUGGAGGUGCCCGAGCUCUUCUCUCAGGACAUCCGGGACUUUGCGCGGAAAGCAGAAGCGUUCUGGCGCCGUCAAAGUGAAGAAUAGUUACCAAUGUUGCUUAUAAAACUUACGUUUAGGUAUAUCGUAUAUAGUACUAAGCAUUAGAACGAUAGAUGUCAAAUAUGCCAGUCAAUGCAUUAAAUCCAAUGGAAAAGUGGAUAUAAAGAAGUUGUCAUCGUGUCAAGUCUGUCAAGAACCCAAACUUCAGACCAUGAAAACUUACGUACCUCAAAUGCUAACCUGCUAUGUCAACUGUUCAUGAAAUGAAUUCCUAAAUAAAUUCCACACGGCCAUUCUGCGAAUAUAGACCAGAGCCCUUGAAUUGGUCUCUUUUGGCAACUUAUGAUUAUUCCACUACUGUGUGAGGAUGUGAAACCCUCCAAGAUGAAGACAAAAUAUUUUCUAGUCAAAUAAUUCUACAAGUCUUUUCUGCCAUAGCAACCCCCAAACUGCUAAGCUAUAUACAUAAAUACUUCUCCAAAAAUCCACAAUAAAGAAUUUUCGAUGUCGUUGGUCCAUGUUUAUGUUUUGCUCUAUCACCUAUUGCGUUACCUUUCUAGUAACUGUAAAAUGCGAUAUAUAUUGGGGGGGGGGGGUAUAUUCCCCCUUUUUACAGUGUUCUUUUCUUUGUGGAAUUAAAACCACCGCGAGUACUUAACAUUACACGGUAAACCCCUGCAUGGCCGUUUCAACAGUAAAGCCCCACAAAAACUCCGUUUUUUCCGUUCCUUGAAAUCCCAAAUCCCCGCGAAUAUUCUCCCUUUUACGGUAUACGUCAUGUGACAUACUGUACUUCUUUUGUUGCAAGGACAACAGCGAAUGCAAAUAUACAUGUUCCUGUUAACCACCAGGAUGUUGUUAAGUCUUGUAUACACAUGAUAAGUUAAGGUUACUAACUUAGGCUUAAGUAAAUUCGUUAGUUCCUAGUUCCAGCCGAAUGGGUUAAUAAAUACAGUUCAUUAAUUCACACAAGUAGCUUCGUAAGUAGCGUCAGGCGUAUUAGAGAUUUACCUGUGCAUA